CGACCAUUGCGCUGAAAUACGACACUCGCGUUUGUCUCACGCGAACCAGGCUGCAGAAGGGAGACACGGGCAAAUCUGCACUUUAUUUUCUGGAUUUUAACUUUGAUUUUAAAACUUUGAAACUUAGGGAAAAGCGACAUGAAGCUGUUUUUUAGGAUAGCGGGGUUGUUUUUGCUCCUGACCGGGACGCUCGCGCAGGAAUUGGGUUUUGACCUUGCGGAUGCGUUGGACGACGGACCCAAACCAACAACAAAACCACCUCCAAAAAAGGAUGGCGAGCUUGAUCUGUUAGAUGCAUUUGGAGAUGAUGAUCCAGUGGCUCCCAAACCUCCCGUCGUUGCCCCGCCCAGUAGUGGAGGAGGUGGAGGAGGAACUCUGUCGGACUCGGACUUGGCUGACGUCGGCGGAGGCAGUUAUGAGCCAGAGGGCGGGAAAUACGGAGGUUCUGAUCCCGGCUACGAUCCCAACAGUGCAGGAGACCAGCCUCAAGGUGCAGUUCUUGAAUGGGCCUCCCUCCUGAAGACGCUUUAUGCUAACGUGCCAGACGACUUCUUUAUUUGGAUCUCUGAGUUUAGACACAAGCUCGCUCCACUUUUAGAGCGCGCGCUGGACCUGCUCUACUCUCUGCCCGGGGAGGACAAGCAGGAGCUAUAAAUAAAAAAACGUUUACGUGGACUUUACAUUGGAUUUAAGCCAGAUGCCCUCCCGAACGCUUAUGAGUUAUUUCGUAAAUACCGAGUUUUAAGGAGUUUUAAAAGUGCACUGUGUAACCUUUUUUUGAGAGCUGACCUGUAACUUGAGCUUGUUUACUGCUGUCUCCAUGGCGAUGUCGACACGCUUGAAGCCGUACCGUUACCGAUAAAUCUCCAUGGAAACAGACCCUCCAUUAGAAAAGUUACAUAGUGCACCUUUAACAUGGAUUUUUUUUUUUUUUUUUUUGAGUUUCACAUAAACGGUUGAAUUAGAACAGUUUUACAUGGUUAUUGCAUUUUGGAUUAAGUCAGAUGCCCUUCCAGAUGCUGUAGUUAUGAUGUUUGGGUUUCAUAGAGUUCGUAUAUCGGGUUUUUAAUGUGGUUUGAGUUUUUUCUAUGGAUUUUUAGGGACAAGUUUUUAGAGAAUUGUUGAUAUCAUUUCUAUUUUUAACUUUGGCCAUUGGGGUUUAUCUUGUUUGACUUUUGGACUUGAUGUGGGGGUCAUAUUUUUGUAUUUAUUGGGGGAAGUAAACGGUUUGUUUUUGUGUUAACUGAGGCUCCGUUCAGACUGCAGCCCGAAGUGACCAAAUCUGAUUUUUUUUCGCCCCUGUGCUCCUGUUUCUGAUCUUUUAAUGACAGUCUGAACGACACAGAUCCGAUUUUUGUGCUCCUAAAACCGAUACAUAUCUGAUCUUUUGACGUGCGACUUCAGUCUGAACGGUCUGGUCACAUUCAUCCCACCUACACGUCAGGCUCAGAGUCUCGUCAAUGGAGGGAAAGCGAGGUUAGAGAGUUUAUUAAUAUUUGGGGGGAUCGCUGUGUUCUGGUUAAAUUGGAGCGGCCUUUUCGGAACCGGGAAAUUUCUGAAAUGAUUGCCAAGUCCUGGUUAGUCCUGGUUUCUGUAUCCAGAAACCAGGACUAAACCAGGACUAAACCAGGUCUACACAAAGAGUAACUCAUGUAUAAAAACCAGGACUAAACCAGAACGAAACCAGGUCUACACAAAGACUAAAUCAUGUAUAAAAACCAGGACUAAAACAGGACUAAACCAGGACUAAACCAGGUCUACACAAAGACUAAAUCAUGUAUAAAAAACCAGACUAAAACAGGACUAAACCAGGUCUAAACCAGGUCUACACAAAGACUAAAUCACUUAUAAAAACCAGGACUAAACCAGGUCUGCACAAAGACUAAAUCACUUGUAAAAACUAGGACUGAACCAGGACUAAACCAGGUCUACACAAAGACUAAAUCAUGUAUAAAAACCAGGACUAAAAUGUUACUAAACCAGGUCUUUACAAAGACUAAACCAGGACUAAAUCAGGACUAAACCAGGACUAAACCAGGUCUACACAAAGACUAAAUCAUGUAUAAAAACCAGGACUAAACCAGGACCAAACCAGGACCAAACCAUGACCAAACCAGGUCCAAACCAGGUCUACACAAAGACUAAACCGUGUAUAAAAACCAGGACUAAACCAGGUCUUAACCAGGUCUACACAAAGAGGAAAUCAUGCACAAAAAACAGGACUAAACCAGGAUUAAACAAGGAUUUACGAAGACCAAAAACGGCAUUUAACCUGAACUAAACCAGGUCUACACUGGGAUUAAACCGGGAAUAAAAACAGGAAUGAACGAGCUCUGAACCAGGGAGCGAUCAAAGUGGAUUUACUUACAGGUGGAGACUUGAAUAUGGGAACAAUAAGUAUGAGAACCGUUAAAAAACAGAGAAAGUUACAUAAAAGGCCUAAACCACGUCUGUGUUACUUUAAAUAUGAAACUAUAAAACUACUCUCUGGUUUGUUAAAAUACGUGAAUAGAUUGUGCUUAUCUUAUCUAAAAAAAAGGUUAAAGUGACAAAGAGUACGCAGAAUAAAGGAGUUGCUGAGGGCUGGAGCUUCUUUAGCAGCUGUUAAAGUUCACAUGAAAACAACAAAAUGUGCCUCUCCCUCUGCCCUUUGACCUCUGAUCCCUGUUACACUCCUUUCACUGACAACGGUUUACAAACGUCUGGUGCAUUUGAAGUGAAUUUGAAUAAAUGAAUAUUGUUUAAAACCCAGAUUUUUGUUGUUGGGUCUAGUCACUAUCAGAAAUCAAGCAGUUUUAAUGAUUUUGUGAAUUAUUCUGGAAGAUUUUAGCUGUCAAUACUGCAAUUCCAACUUUAUUUCAAUUCCAGCUUUGUUGUUAAAUUCUCCCUUUUUUUAAUUUAAGUACUUUUGUAUUUGUCAUUUCUGUUUAAAUACCUGCUGUGUUUGUCAAUAAAAUAUGAUGAAAAAACCUGCA